GCUGGGCUCAGAGGGGCGGGGCUGCGUGCUUGCGUCACGUGCCGUACGUCGCCGCGCGCGUGCGCUCUUUUCCACGUGCGGAAUCCCCGGACUCGUGGAGUGCCGGACGCCGCAGACGCCAGAGUCGCGCAGCUCCGCUCUCGCCAUGAGGCCAGGUUUCAGCCCCCGUGGGGGUGGCUUCGGUGGCCGAGGGGGCUUUGGUGACCGCGGCGGUCGUGGCGGAGGCCGAGGAGGCUUUGGCGGGGGCCGAGGUCGAGGCGGAGGCUUUAGGGGCCGUGGCCGAGGAGGAGGAGGAGGAGGUGGAAGAGGUACUGAAUGGGGUUGGGGCAAUGGGAUGGACGAGGCCUGGGCAGGGGGAGCCGGGAGGGAAGAGAUGUGGGGUCUCCCUCUCUCACUGCAUCUCUGCCUGGUAGGUGGAGGGUUCCAUCCUGGGGGCAACCGGGGUCGUGGCCGGGGAGGAAAAAGAGGAAACCAGUCGGGGAAGAAUGUGAUGGUGGAACCUCAUCGGCAUGAGGGAGUCUUCAUCUGUCGAGGAAAGGAGGAUGCACUAGUCACCAAGAAUCUGGUCCCUGGAGAAUCAGUUUAUGGAGAGAAGAGAGUCUCGAUUUCGGAGGGAGAUGACAAAAUCGAGUACCGUGCCUGGAACCCCUUCCGCUCCAAGCUGGCGGCAGCGAUCCUGGGCGGCGUGGACCAGAUCCACAUCAAGCCAGGGGCCAAGGUGCUCUACCUCGGGGCUGCCUCGGGCACCACAGUCUCGCACGUCUCUGACAUCGUCGGCCCAGACGGUCUGGUCUACGCAGUUGAGUUCUCCCACCGCUCCGGCCGUGACCUCAUUAACUUGGCCAAGAAGAGGACCAACAUCAUUCCUGUCAUUGAAGAUGCUCGGCACCCGCACAAAUACCGCAUGCUCAUCGCGAUGGUGGAUGUGAUCUUUGCCGACGUGGCCCAGCCAGACCAGACCCGGAUCGUAGCCCUGAAUGCCCACACCUUCCUACGUAACGGCGGCCACUUCGUCAUUUCCAUUAAGGCCAACUGCAUCGACUCCACCGCCUCGGCCGAGGCCGUGUUUGCCUCGGAGGUGAAGAAGAUGCAGCAGGAGAACAUGAAGCCGCAGGAGCAGCUGACGCUGGAGCCCUACGAGAGAGACCACGCCGUGGUCGUGGGCGUGUACAGGCCACCCCCAAAGGUGAAGAACUGAAGCCCGGCGCCGCCUGGACUGCGAAAUUGUGUUGCUACUGUUCCGCGUGUGUUUUUCUAUUAAAAGACUCCUCCGUCGCA